AUGACAAAAGGUGGUAAGAAAUACUCAUCAAUGGAAAAGGAUGGCAAAUGGGUAAGAUUCUGAUUACUUUUAAUUUCUCACUAUUAGCUUAUGAUGAGCCCAUUAUAAUUGUACUCAACUUUGCAGAUAUUGACAUAUAAAGUUAUUAUAAAGACACCCCUGUACCUUUCCUAACAACUACAUGUCUUUCAAAUUGUGCAGCUGGCUCAUGUAGGUUUACCAGCAAAUGACACCAGUAACCGGGAGACAUGCACCAGCACAGGGUCUAUGCUGUCUCAGAGUGAACCAUUACCUCCAGCAUCUAGCACAGAGAAGUAUCCAAAGAUCUUCAUCAACACAGAACAGGUUGGCAGGGUGUAAUACAUUCAUGCAGAUAGUGAAACAUCUUACUCAAAAGUGUCUAUGUGUUCUUGGGUUGUUGUUAUGUGUGCAAUGUCUUAGAAGAAUGCAUCACCUUAACUUCCAUGAGGAUGAUUACAUUUAUCCUUUAUACAAUUUACUAAUAAUUGUUGGCAUAAUAAUAUCAACAUCUGGGAGAAAGUGUGAUAUAUCAAUUAACUAUUCUCUUUACAGAAAACCAUGGGAAGAGUCUAUCCAUUCUCAGCCCAUGAUAACCAAGCUGCACUGCAACAUACCAUCAAUGUAUUUGAUGAUGUAAGCAAUAUGCCCACUACAAAGAAAACAAAGACAUCAUCUAGGAUGUCGUCAAAUGAACACUAAGGUUUUUUAAAUAAGAUAGUACAACUAAAUAAAAUUGGAAACACAAAGGAAACAAUACCAUUUUUCUUAUGGCGUUUUUCAUAGGGAUUAGGCCGCAAGAAAUGCCUGGACGAGCGUAGGCAACAUAACUCCCACUUCUGCCUGUGCCACCAUGGAAGUGUAAGUUGCGUGGGGGAGACAAGGGGAGACUUCUCAGCCUAUCAGACAGACUACCAAGACUGCCAGGACACAGAGGGCUCCUCCACCAGCAGGCGUUUUCCCAGGAACCAUCUUGAGAGGUCCACUGUGGCAGCUGCUGCCCAGGCAGGAGAGCACUUUAUGUGGUUCGGGAGGCAUGAUGAGGACCGUCCUGUGCCCCUUGAAGUGCUGGCAGCUACAAACUGCUCCUCCUCAUCCAAGCCUUCCAGACACUUCUACCAUAGCAGGCAUUAG